AUGAGAAAAUUGCAAGAAUUUUGUAAGCGGUUCCUGCGAUGCCCUGAAGCAGUCGCGGAAUUCCGGAAAUUGCAGCUCACAUUGCUUCAAAGGGAUUAUUAUGAUCCCAAAAGUCAAAUUAAUAUACAAGAGCACAAAUUAUCACUGUGGCCUGGAUAUUUUACAUCUAUUCAACAACAUGAAAACCAAGUAAUGAUGAACAUUGAACUAGCCUUUAAAGUCCUGCGUGAGGAUACAUGCUACAACAUGUUUCUAGAGAUUAGAUGUCCAGAGCCCAGAAAUGAAUUCCUAAUUAAAAUUAUAGGAUCUAGUGUACUGACAUUUUACAACAACAGGACUUACAGAAUUGAUGACAUUGAUUUCUCACAAAAUGCUGAUAGUACUCUCACUUUGGUAGAUGGUUCACAGAUAAUAUACGCCCAAUAUUACGCGGACAAAUACAAGACUCAUAUUCGGGAACGACGCCAGCCCCUGCUGAACUGUGGAAACUCACAAUUAGCUAUCUCGGAUCAUACUCGAGUAGGACCAGUAGACCGCAUGAGAAAAUUGCAAGAUUUUUGUAAGCGGUUCCUGCGAUGCCCUGAAGCAGUCGCGGAACUCCGGAAAUUGCAGCUCACAUUGCUUCAAAGAGAUUAUUAUGAUCCCAAAAGUCAAAUUAAUAUACACGAGCACAAAUUACCACUGUGGCCUGGAUAUUUUACAUCUAUUCAACAGCAUGAAAACCAAGUAAUGAUGAACAUUGAACUAGCCUUUAAAGUACUGCGUGAGGAUACAUGCUACAACAUGUUUCUAGAGAUUAGAGGUCCAGAGCCCAGAAAAGAAUUCCUAAGUAAAAUUAUAGGAUCUAGUGUACUGACAUUUUACAACAACAGAACUUAA